AUACAACUCUGAUACAAACAUAGGCAGGCAGCAGAGAUCUAUUCACUUAUUAACGGGGAAAACUGUAAGAUGAUGAAGCUGGUUUCAAGAGCAUUUUGAGGAUCUGUGGAUUUACAGGUAUUUAGAAAGAAAGUUUGGUUAAAUGCAAAAUGAUUAUUUGGUUAGAUGCAAAAUUGGUUAUCUUCCUAUAUUGCAAUAAAAUCAUAAACGCUGCGGUUAUCUUUUUCUCUGGACAGGCUGAAUAAAAUGUGCAAGUUACCACGGAACUUCACUGUGGCUGGAAUCUAAUCAAUAGUGAAGAGCAAAGCCAAACACAACUGGAGAAUUAACUAGCCCCUGGGUGGACCUGUUAACCGAUGUCUCAGUUUGACAUUGAAAGGUCAUGCUCUUCCCCAUUAUUUCCAAGUUUUGGUAAAUUUUUUAAUUACCCAAUUAGAAAAAUUAGGAGUUUUUUGUUGUUAUGUUAACUCAUUAACUUAUAUAGGUUUGGACUAAAAACCACUAUCCCAGCUGCUUCUGGGAGUGGGAAGAUUAAAAAGGGGGAUGGGAAUCAUUUCAAAAUUCAAAUUCAAAUAAGAAUCUUUAAUAGAUGCUACCUCUAUAUCCAGGUCAACAUGGCAGGAGAAAUGAACAAUACAAAGAGAGCAGGACAAAUAUCCCCAAGGGAAAGAAGCCAGUGGGGGGACUGACAGUCUUUCCUUUCCCUAACAGGGCUGCCUUUAUUCAAAGGCAUAGCGUUUGCGGAUUCUCCAUCCUUUGUAAAGGUGCUAGCUAGGGAGACGAGCUCAAGCGGGCUGCUCUGGGCAUAGCAAGCCCCACCCCUUGCACGGUGUCCUAAUCACCAGCUAACACCUGGAAUAAAUUCUCCACUCGCCCUGCGUGGGUUCAUUCACAGCUCUAUAGUCCAGGGCUGGGCGCUUCCUCUCUGGGACUGAAAUAAGAGCGCUCUAGACAGAUCAGGUGUGAUGCAGCCAGCCCUGCUUCAGAGCCUAUUCUUUUUCCUAGGCAACAAAAAACAACACACACCCACAAAAUAAAACACCAAACAGCAGCAAUAUCCCCCUCCCCCUUCUUGUUCUCUCCUGACUUUUUCUGAACGAUAGAUUAAUCUCUGCGAGCCUCUAUCCCUGGGGGUGGGGUGGGAGUGUGGGGGGUUGGGGUGAGCUCUGUAAAAUUGGUAGGAGACGUGUGGAAGAAAGCAAGUCUCCCGGGUAUUUCAGCACUUCGGCAGAAACACUGGGGCAUUCUCAUUGCCAGCCUCGGGGGGUGGCUGGCACAAAGAGCCCAAGAUUAAACGCGGCGCCUGGGCUGCCGAGGUCGGGGUCGUGCGGUAACUCUCCGGGUGCUCCUCGCUGGAUCCCGGGGUCCCAGCCCCGCCGCCGCGCCCCGCCCAGCUCUGUCCUCGCAGCCUCGCGGGCUGCCGGGCUUUGUGGUUCGCCCGUGCCGCUGGGCCCCUGCUGGGGGUGUCGUUACGAGCAUGUGCAGACAGCAGCCCAAGCCUUCAGGAUAAUUCCUUCAGCAGCACCGCUGUAACAGAGUGUGACGAAGAUCCAGUCUCUCUACAUGAAGACCAGACUGAUUGCUCCAGUCUCAGAGAUGAAAACAAUAAAGAGAACUACCCCGACGCAGGGGCUCUGGUAGAGGAGCAGGCGCCGCCCUCUUGGGAGCCGCAGCAGCAGAAUGUAGAGGCGACCGUGCUUGUGGACAGCGUAUUGCGACCCAGCAUGGGCAACUUCAAGUCCAGGAAGCCCAAGUCCAUCUUCAAAGCAGAGAGUGGGAGGAGCCACGGAGAAAGUCAGGAGACAGAGCAUGUGGUAUCCAGCCAGUCAGAGUGUCAGGUGAGAGCAGGAACACCAGCUCAUGAGAGUCCACAAAACAAUGCCUUCAAGUGCCAAGAAACAGUGCGACUUCAACCAAGAAUAGACCAGAGGACUGCCAUUUGGCCAAAGGAUGCUUUUGAAACUCGGCAGGACUUAAAUGAGGAAGAAGCUUCUCAGGUGCAUGGAGUCAAGGACCCAGCGCCAGCAUCGACCCAGAGUGUGCUUGCCGAUGAGACAGAUUCUGCAGACCACUCACCAGUCCACAAAGAUGGGCAGAAUGAGGCUGACAGUGCACCAGAAGACCUCCAGUCUGUGGGGACCAGCAGGCUGCUAUAUCACAUCACUGACGGUGACAACCCACUGCUGUCGCCACGAUGCUCCAUCUUCAGCCAAAGCCAGAGAUUCAACUUAGACCCCGAGUCAGCCCCAUCUCCACCCAGCACUCAGCAGUUUAUGAUGGCGCGGAGUUCUUCACGCUGCAGCUGUGGAGAUGGCAAGGAGCCACAGACCAUCACCCAGCUCACCAAGCACAUCCAGAGCCUCAAGCGGAAAAUUCGGAAAUUUGAAGAAAAAUUUGAACAAGAAAAGAAAUACCGGCCUUCACAUGGUGACAAGACUUCUAAUCCUGAAGUCCUGAAAUGGAUGAAUGAUUUGGCUAAAGGUCGUAAACAGCUCAAAGAACUAAAGCUAAAGCUAUCAGAAGAACAAGGGAGUGCUCCCAAAGGUCCACCUAGAAACCUGUCCUGUGAGCAACCCACAGUCCCCAGAGAAAAUGGAAAGCCGGAAGCUGCGGGCCCGGAGCCAAGCUCCUCUGGAGAAGAGGCUCCAGAUGCUGCCUUGACAUGCCUGAAGGAGAGAAGAGAGCAACUUCCUCCCCAGGAGGAUUCUAAGGUAACUAAGCAAGACAAGAACCUCAUAAAGCCGCUUUAUGACCGAUACAGAAUUAUCAAGCAAAUCUUGUCAACACCUUCCCUUAUUCCAACAAUUCAGGAGGAAGAGGACUCUGAUGAAGACCGUCCACAGGGAAGCCAACAACCUUCUUUGCCAGAUCCAGCAUCUCACCUUCCUGUUGGUGACCACCUCACCUACUCUAAUGAGACUGAGCCUGUUAGGGCCCUUUUACCAGAUGAAAAGAAAGAAGUAAAACCACCAGCUCUCUCCAUGUCUAAUUUACAUGAGGCUACCAUGCCUGUACUUCUUGACCAUCUCCGAGAAACUAGGGCUGAUAAGAAGAGACUGCGGAAAGCCUUAAGAGAAUUUGAAGAACAGUUUUUUAAACAAACAGGAAGAAGUCCACAAAAGGAAGAUAGGAUACCAAUGGCAGAUGAGUAUUAUGAAUAUAAGCACAUAAAAGCCAAAUUGAGACUAUUAGAGGUCCUCAUCAGCAAGCAAGAUGUGGCCAAAACUAUUUGAGGUUCAGGAAAUGUUAUGAUCACUUUCACCCAUGAUAUAAAGUUUAUUUUCUUCUGCCAUCCUUGCUAAGUAGUUUUGACACAAUGAAAAUGGAAGCACUUUAGUGGUAGUAUUAGCUGUUUUUAAGAAGGAAUAGCAAGUUUAAUUAUAUACAAGGAGAAGGGAUUUAAACACGGGGAAGAAUACAACAGGUAGCCAUAUAAUUGGGAAAAAAUUCAGUGUCCUCCAUGCCAAGCAGAAAACUCAUAGUCAAUACAAGUAUUUUAAAAAAUGACUAAUAUUUUAUCAAAUCUAAAUAACAUAGCUAGGACACUUGUUAGGGCAAGUUUAUUUAGUAUCCAAAGACUGUUUAUGUUGCUGUAUGGAAAAGAGCAUGAUUUUAAAAAAUCAGAGGAGGAAAAGAAAUUCGCUUUUCAAGUAGGAAGGAAUACAGCUAGCAAGAAAGUAAUUUAUUUGAAACUUCUAAUGGAUUUUUGAGUGAUAAAACAUUUACUACCUUGUCCUUUAAGUCUGCUAGGCUCUCAGUACCCUAAAAUGAACUAGAUUGUGUUGCUAUUUUUUUUAUUUCUCUAUAAAAAUAACACAUUAUUUUAUCUGUUAUUUGAAAUUUUACAUUUCUGGUUACCAAAGUUCAUUCUGAUAGCAUGUACUUUGUGAAUUAUUAUCUUUGUCUAUAACUGACAGAUGUUUAUAUUAAAAUAAAAUAUUGUAUUAAAAAUUUAAUUUAAAAUAGGUAUUUUGGAUAGAUAUGUGUCUGCAGUAUAUAAUCUAAUGUGUCCAUAGUAUUAUUGCUAAUCUUUUGGUUUACUAUAUAAGAUGAUAUAACUAUUUUUUCAUUGGGAAUAUACAUUUUUCUUAAUGUUCCAACAUCUAUACUUACUUUGUAAAGUCAAAACAUUUCCCAUGAGCUGUAGUUAUUCGUCCUUCUGUACAAAAUGAAACGUUUGGAAAUUGUUUGCCCUGAUACCUUGAAAGAGAAGCCAGAAUAUUUAUUUGGUUCAUCAACUUUAGUGUAUAUCAUUUUGUGUUAUUUUAUACUAAAACAUGUUUAUUAUUUUCAUUUUUGUAAAAGGAAGUAAAAGGUCAACAUUUUCUCUCAUGUACCAACCUUGUUUGUAUUUCUAUUUUCUGUAAUGUUUAAGUAUGAUGUUGAAGAAAUUCACAUUCUCUUAUAGUUUGGAUGGGAAGGCUAUUGACUAUUUCAGAAACAGACUUAUUUCAGAGGCUUAUUGUUUUCUCUGUAUUUACCUAAUAUUUUAUAACUUUUAUGAAUCAGAAUAAUGUCCUUCAUAAAUUUGUUUAAUUGAAGUCAUCUACUUGUAACAGGACAGAUACACAACUAUUUGAGGUUUACAAAUUACAUCUUUGAUAAGGGAAAUGGUUUCGUGACAUGUACACAAUCGCUAUUAAAAUGUAACUCUAUAUAUUCUAUAUGAUUGUAAAUAUUUUAUACAACAAUACAAAUAAAAUAUUUUUCUAUUAUAUUUA